AUGGGUAGAAGGAGAAUCCAACUGUUUGAUGAGAAAAGUGAUGGGUUUUUCUCUGCCAGCUGCUUGGGGUUCCAAUCCGAAGAUAGGUGCUACCAAUUCGGAGGCUUGUUUGCCAGUGUUGGUCAGGUGGGAAUGGGGGUUGGCGUGCAACCAAGUGACCCUUCUGAUCCGCGCGACAAUGGUGGCACGAAGCUUCCCUUCAAUGAACUGUUCAUCAGGUACCAGGGAAAAGAUGAGGUUGUUGAAGAAAGGGUUGAUGGCAAGAAGAGAAAGGGUGGUGUUUCACUGAGGAUUAAGAUAAAAAACCCUUCUCUGAGAAGGUUGUUUAGUGGGGCAAUAGCUGGGGCUGUGUCUCGCACUGCUGUAGCACCUUUGGAGACUAUAAGAACUCUUAUGAUGGUGGGAAGUAGUGACCAUUCCACCACUGAGGUGUUCCACAAUAUCAUUAAAACUGAUGGCUGGAAGGGCUUGUUUAGGGGUAAUUUUGUUAACGUCAUUCGAGUUGCGCCUAGCAAGGCCAUUGAGCUAUUUACUUUCGAUACAGUAAACAAGAACCUAUCCCCAAAGCCUGGGGAGGAAUCCAAAUUCCCAAUUCCUGCAUCCUUGAUUGCAGGUGCCUGUGCUGGAUUGACUUCAACUUUAUGUACAUAUCCUCUUGAAUUAGUCAAGACUCGACUAACUGUCCAGAGAGAUGUGUAUGAUGGUCUUCUUCAUGCAUUCGUGAAAAUAAUUCGAGAAGAGGGUCCUGCUGAACUUUACAGUGGCCUUGCAGCUAGUCUUAUUGGAGUUGUCCCCUAUGCUGCAGCCAAUUACUAUGCAUAUGACACUUUAAAGAAAGCAUACCGGAAAAUUUUUAAACAAGAGAAGGUGGGAAAUAUUGAAACCCUUUUGAUCGGUUCGAUAGCUGGUGCUAUUUCAAGUAGCUCAACUUUUCCAAUGGAGGUUGCUCGCAAGCAAAUGCAACUUGGUACUCUCAGUGGAAGACAGGUUUACAAGAAUGUGUUUCAUGCCCUUGCAUGCAUACUAGAACAAGAAGGGAUGCAAGGUUUGUAUAGAGGGUUGGCACCUAGUUGCAUGAAGUUGAUACCAGCCGCUGGAAUCUCUUUCAUGUGCUACGAAGCAUGCAAGAGGAUAUUUCUAGAGAACGAUGAGGAGGAUUAG